GGCCCCACGCUCGGCAGGGCCGCGCCGGAGCCGCCGCCGACCGGGGCUCGGCGGCGCCGGGGCAGGAAGCGGAGCGGCCCCGCGCGCCCCCGGAAGCGGUUGGGCGGCCGCGGGGGACGGUCGGGCUGGCGGGCGCGCAGCGCUCAGACGCGGCCCGGCGCGGCCGCCCGGCAGCCCGCGAUGCCCUGGGACCAGCGGGCGCGCCGGCUACGCCGCGGAGCAUGUUGAGCCCGGGUCGGCCGCUCCCCGCGGGGACUCAGCGGGCGGCCUCGCUGCUCCGCCCCAACCUCCUCCUUCUCCUGCUGCUGCUGCUGCGGGGCACCGAGGCGCAGAAAGGUGAUGGGUGUGGACACACUGUGCUGGGCCCUGAGAGCGGGACGCUGGCCUCCAUAAACUACCCCCGGACCUCUCCCAAUAGCACCGUGUGUGAAUGGGAAAUCCGUGUGAAGCCUGGGCAGCGAGUUCAGCUCAAGUUUGGUGAUUUUGAUGUUGAUGACUCCGAUUCCUGUCAUUCCAGUUACCUGAGAGUUCAUAAUGGCAUUGGCCCCAACAGGACAGAAAUAGGAAAAUACUGUGGGUUUGGCUUUCAAAUGGAUGGUUUAAUUACUUCAAAAAGUAAUGAAAUCACAGUACAGUUCAUGAGUGGAAUUCACACUUCUGGACGUGGAUUUCUUGCAGCUUAUUCAACCACUGACAAAUCAGACUUAAUUACCUGUUUAGACAAUGCAAGUCAUUUUUCCGAACCAGAAUUCAAUAAGUAUUGUCCAGCUGGAUGUGUGAUUCCUUUUGCUGAUAUUUCAGGCAGUAUUCCUCAUGGAUACAGAGAUUCAUCAUCACUUUGUAUGGCCAGUGUUCACGCAGGUGUCGUGUCAAAUACUCUUGGUGGUCAAAUUAAUGUUGUAAUCAGCAAGGGCAUUCCAUACUAUGAAGGCUCCCUGGCUAACAAUGUCACCUCAAAAGUGGGACCCUUGUCUACAAGUCUGUUCACCUUUAAGACAAGUGGUUGCUAUGGGACACUGGGGAUGGAGUCUGGGGUGAUUCCUGAUUCCCACAUCACAUCAUCAUCAAUUCUCGAGUGGCCUAACCAAACAGGACAAGUAAACAUUUGGAAACCUGAAAAUGCCCGACUAAAAAGGAUUGGACCUCCUUGGGCUGCUUUUAUCAGUGAUGAACAUCAGUGGUUGCAGAUUGACUUGAAUAAAGAAAAGAAAAUAACAGGUAUUAUAACUACUGGAUCAACUUUAGCAGAGCACUACUAUUAUGUCUCAGCCUACAGAAUUUUAUACAGUGAUGAUGCACAGAAGUGGACAGCAUACAGAGAACCUGGAAUGGGUAAAGAUAAGAUAUUUCAAGGGAAUACUGAAUUGUACCAGGAAGUCCGCAAUAAUUUCAUUCCACCUAUUAUUGCACGUUUUUUUAGGAUUAACCCCUUAAAAUGGCACCAGAAAAUUGCAAUGAAAGUAGAAUUGCUAGGAUGUCAGUUUAGUAUAGGUCGUGCUCCUAAAAUCACCUUGCCAGCACCACCUCAGAACAAGAAUGAUGAGAAGAAUGCUGACUUCGUGGAUGACUUCAUUCAUUCAGUGAAGACUUCACUGCAGACAGAUAAAACAACUUUCACACCUGAAAUAAAAAACACUACAGUGACUCCAAGUGUAACCAAAGAUGUGGCAUUGGCAGCAGUUCUGGUUCCAGUGCUGGUGAUGGUCUUCACUACUCUGAUUCUUAUCUUAGUUUGUGCGUGGCAUUGGAGAAAUCGCAAGAAAAAAACUGAGGAUGCAUAUGAUCUACCUUACUGGGAUCAUGCAGGAUGGUGGAAAGGGAUGAAGCAGUUUUUCCCAGUCAAAUCAGCAGAACGUGAAGAAACUCCUACACGCUACAGCAGCAGUGAAAUCAGUCACCUAAGACCAAGAGAAGUCCCAACAAUGUUGCAAACAGAGUCUGCAGAAUAUGCUCAGCCUCUGGUAGGGGGAGUUGUGGGCACGCUUCACCAGAGAUCAACCUUCAAACCAGAGGAAGGAAAAGAAGCCAGUUACGCUGACUUGGACCCUUACAAUUCCCCCAUCCAAGAAGUUUACCACGCCUAUGCCGAGCCACUGCCCGUUACUGGACCUGAGUAUGCGACUCCAAUAAUCAUGGACAUGUCCAGCCAUCCCAGCACACCUCUUGGCGCUCCUUCCAUUUCCACCUUCAAAGCUGCAGGGAAUCCAGCUCCUCCACUGGUUGGAACAUGCAGUAAACUGUUAUCCAGGACAGACAGUGCAUCCUCAGCACAGGCACUGUACGAUAUACCAAAGGGGCAGCCAGGGCCGGGCAGUGCCGAUCAAGUCGUGUACCAGGUGCCACAGAGCGUGGCCCAUCCCACUACCAGAAAUGGAAGAACUGUGGAUAGCUGAAGGCUAAGGUGGUAUAAGAAUUAUGCAGUUUCUCUACAGUGGGUUAUUUUUCACGCGAACAAUGUAACUUUGUUAUCUGAGGAGCAUAAGCUGUUAAAGAAAUGGAUGUUUUUAAAAUUUAAGCCCCUUUUUGGAAGGAAUUUGGUCCCAGGCUUGGCUCCUGCUUCAGACUUUGGACAUGUUAUCUGCUAGGGCUAAGAUACAUUUGAACAUGUAACAGUUGGGUUUAAAUUGCAUUUAAUUAUACUAAGACUAGAAUUUCCCUGUGUACAAUAAAGGAAAGGUACAUUUAAUGCGUCUCUCUUAUAUGUAAAGAUGUGUAUAUAAAAUGUAUUUCAAUCUUGUUUGGCUUGAGUAUUCUCCCAGAAUGUAUGUUCUUACCUCAGCAUGUAUUGUAGUUGCUCAGUAUUUGUAUAUGUUGCUAGGACUUAGACUAUAUAAAUAGUGAGGGGGUUUUAUAUGUUAAAAAGUAUUUUAAAUAAAUUGUACAUACGUA